AUGGCGGCGCCCAUGCGGCUGUACCGUCUGGGGCGACAAUGGAGGGUUUUGCAGCGGGGCCCCCAGCAGCCGCGAGCUAGGACAGAGAGCGGCAGUGCCGCCACUAGGAAAAGCCGGCUGUACGAGCACGUGCAAAACGCCUGGACGGCGCGGCCCCGCCUGGACAUGGAGGCGCUGAGCGCGCGGCAGGAGGAGGUGGAAGCGGAGCUGGAGAGGCGGAAGGGGCCCCUGGCGCGGGAUCUUCGACAGAUCCUUGCUACUCGGAAGAGGCUGGUUGAGGUGCAAGAGGAGAUCACAGAACUUGAAGUGGAAAAAGCAGAAGUGGCCAGAAGUGUGCGGAAUCUUGUGAAAAACCAUGAGGAUGAUGCUUUGCAGUCGCUCCCUGCUUACAAGGCCUUGCGGGAGCGUGGGAGAGAGCUUCGCCUCCAGGUCAAUGUCUUGCGCCAAAAGGAGAUGGAGUUGGAGGAAGAGUACUACCUGAAUGCCCUCAAGCUGCCCAACAGGACCCACCCUGACGUGCCAAUCGGAGAUGAGAGCCAAGCCCGGGUGGUGGAAGUUGUUGGCGAGAAACCAGCUUUUGACUUCAAGGUGAAAGGACACCUGGAAAUCGGGGAAGACCUGGAUAUCAUACGGCAAAGGCGCCUGUCCCACAUCUCAGGCUACCGGUCAUACUACCUCCGCGGUGCAGGGGCCCUCCUCCAGCAAGCCUUGGUGCAGUUCACUCUCCACAAGCUGGUGAAAAAGGGCUUCAUCCCGAUGGUCGUUCCCGAUCUACUCAGAGGAGCUGUCUUUGAAGGUUGUGGCAUGCUCCCUGACACCAGCUCCUCUAUGUUGUACAACAUAGACCCUUCUCGCUUCGAAGACCUGAGUCUGGCGGGCACCUCUGAGGUUGGAGUUGCAGGUUACUUCAUGGAUCAUGCCAUAAAGCUGAAAGACAUGCCGGUCAGGACGGUCUGUUCCAGCACAUGCUACAGAACUGAAACAAACACAGGGAAGGAUCCAUGGGGACUGUAUAGAGUACACCAAUUCACCAAGGUGGAAAUGUUUGGGGUUACAGCAAACGAGACCGGGGAGGAGAGUGCGAUCCUGCUGGAAGAAUUUCUGGCUCUGCAGAAAGAGAUCUUCUCCGAGCUGGGGUUACACUACAAGGUUCUGGAUAUGCCCUCCCAGGAACUGGGCCUGCCUGCCUACAGGAAGUUUGACAUCGAGGCCUGGAUGCCAGGCCGGGGCACAUACGGAGAGAUCUCCAGCGCCUCCAACUGCACAGACUACCAGAGCCGGCGGCUGAGCAUCAUGUACUACAACAGGCAGAGGCAGCUCCAUUAUGCUCAUACGGUCAAUGGCACAGCCUGUGCCAUCCCCCGAAUGCUUAUCGCCAUCCUCGAGACCAACCAACGCAAGGAUGGCAGCGUUUGGGUGCCGGAGGUCCUGCAGCCGCUGAUGGGCAUGGAGGUCAUCGGCAAACCUGGCUACACCCCACUGAAAUACAUCGGCCCCAACCAGCCCAAGAAGCACUGACUUGGCAGCCAGAAAAAUGAGGGGAGGGGGGUGCUGGAAGAGAGCGGAGAGGGCUGUGACCCUUCAAGAUCCAGACUGGGUGGGGGGCAGGGACAGACAAGCCAUCUCUGGGGCAAGAGUGAGGUCACUGCUGGGGUGUGUUGCUUUCUGGUGACAGCAGGAGAGGGGGGGCCUUAAAUGCUGGCAUCAAAUUGGCCCGCACACACCUCUUUCUGUGUAAGAAACGUGGAUGGAGAGGGCUCGCAGACUUCUGUGCAUCUGGCACAUUGUGAUUUGGAGACUCGACAUCCAUCCCAAGGUGGCGGAAGUCUGAGAUGCCCAGAGCUUUUCCAGAAGAGCCAGGUUCCCAGUGUCGCAUGCCUCCCCUGGACCUGACACACGAUUGUAUAUGCAUUGGAAAGGGGUGUUCCAGUUUUCCUAUCUGGUGCUCCCAAAUGAGCUGAAAUCUGACUUUCUCUCCUCUGUGUUGUCCUUUUAAACCCCCGUCGCACCUGCCCAGGCUGGGAGCUCUUCUGUUGGAGGAGCCAGUUUUUGGUUUUGGCAGAAGAGGACAAACGGGAGGAGACACUCCCUUAAUAAAGGCGACUGGUUUCUAGGAAAAAA